GGUAACGCAAACGGCUUCAAGUGUGAAUACAGCAGGUCGAACCGUCAACGGCAAAAGCGGCACUGCACGGCCAUCUAAUGGUACACGACAACAGGGAAAGUCACCUGUUCCCGCCGCAGGUGGUGGCGCUAGCGGUGGCAAGGGUAAGUCUACAAAGCUAACCAGCCGUUGUAUAUUGCGAACGGUUACCGCAUUUCUGGCGAGCAGCAAGCGCAACUCCAGCAAUGCACAACAGCGCGCCAAACAGAUGAAUAAGCGACGUCGCCAACGCAAGAUGGACGAGUUGAGCGGUAAAUUGAAUCCCAAAUUGUUGGAGAAUUUACGUAAAAAGACAAAGUUUAGCAAAGUCAAUGGCCCCAGCAAAAAUAGCAACGUUGACAUCUAUAACAUUAUCACAUUAGUUGCUGAUAUAUUAGUAUUAGUGGUCAAAUUCUGGAUUGCGGUUGUAGAGUCAAUUGUCAAAGUGUUUAUGCCACAAGAAAUCGAUGUCAAAGGUAAAACAGUGCUUAUUACUGGCACCGGUCACGGCAUUGGCAAGGAGCUCGCCCUGCAAUACAGUGCACUCGGCGCCAAACUAAUUUGCUGGGAUGUGAAUGAGGAAGCCAAUCAGCAGACAGUGAAGGAAAUCAAGGCUUACGGUGGUGAAGCCUACGCUUACACCUGCAAUGUUACAAAACGUGAGGAGAUUAAUGCAUUGGCCGAGAAGAAUAAGAAAGAGCAUGGCUUCAUCAAUGUUAUUGUCAAUAAUGCUGGUAUUAUGCCAUGCCAUCCACUGCUGGAACACACUGAGACUGAGAUUAGGACUAUGUAUGAGAUCAAUGUAUUAGCACACUUCUGGAUCAUCCAAGCAUUCCUGCCCGAUAUGAUAGCGCGCAACGAGGGACACAUUGUCGCUUUGUCAUCGUGCGCCGGUUUCUUCGGCUUGCCCAAUUUGGUGCCAUACUGCGGCACAAAAUUUGCGGUGCGCGGUCUUAUGGAAGCGCUAAGCGAAGAACUGCGUCACAAGAACCCACAAAAUAAUAUCAAACUGACCACCAUCUACCCUUACAUGGUAGAUACAGGUCUCUGCAAGCGCCCGCAUUACCGCUUCCCUGCGCUAUUCAAGCUUGUUAAGCCCACAGAUGCGGCAGCUAGCAUCAUUAAAGCACAACGUACCAGCCUCGAGCAUGCGAGUAUUCCACGUGAAUAUUUAUAUAUAGAAAAAAUCGGACGUCUGUUGCCACGAAAUGCAAUGCGGCUGCUCAACGAUUUCGUCGACGCAGGCGUGGAUUCCGAUAAAUGAGAGAGCAAGACAGAGGGCGAGCUACAGAAAGGAGCAUUGAAACAAAGUAUGGAGGGCAAUUAAAUCGAUAUGCCGCAUUUGUAUGCCAAUUGCUUUGUUUUUUUUUUUUGUACGAAAAUACCAAAUACAUACAUGUUAAUAAACUUUUAUAAUUAGUGUUAUAUACAUAUGUAAAUUUUGUUCGACACUGAAGUGCUGCGAAAUAAUUUGUUAAUUAAACACAGUUGAUCUUUUGGUAAAAGUUUACAUAAAUUUUAUGCUUUUAUUCCCUAUUUACAUAGAAUGUGACAUUGUGGGUUGCAUGUUUUACACAUAUACAUAUAUGCACCAUUUAUACAUACGUAUUAUUUAUUGUUUGCUUUUGAACAUGUAGAUGUGUACAGAUACCUAUAUACUAUACAGUAUGUAUUUUGAU